ACCAAGGUCCUGCAUAAUUCGAUUUUUCCGUGUCAAGAAUCGAAUAAAUACGCUGGCGUCACUGUGGAGGAGCAUAUUCUUUCAGCGAUAGUUCAAGUGACUACAACACAAAAAUCAACAUGCGCACUUUCAGUCAUAUCAUGCUUGUCGGAGCUGUGGUGCUCUUGAGUCAUUUCAAAGGCUCUGACUCCUUCACUCUCGACCGCAAUGUUGUUGACGCAGACGAUUCUCUUGAGGCUACAACGGAUUCUCUGGAGACUAGCACAGAUAGCGGCUUAGAUAAUAGUCUGGAACACAUCAAUCAAACCUCGACCGAAGACAAUUCGCUGGAAGCCAAGAAAGUGAAGCGCAAUGUCCAGCCUACAGUUGCUGUCGUCGGCGACUACGAUUAUUUUUAUCAGGAUUCGAUCGAAUCGACCACCGUCGACGACGUCUCGCUGGAGGACAUUCUUGAAGCCGGACUGAUGGGCCAGCAGCCGCAAACCACCGUCGCUCCUAACCUCAUUCAGGUUGCUACGACGCCCGAUGAUGAUCUUUACGACGACUUGGUCAACAGCACGGAGGAUCUUCUCGACAGCCCAAACGACACCUCGUUGGAAACUAACGACGCUAAACCCGUUGCUGCUGCUCCCGCUUUGCCAUCGCUGUCGAUUUUGAACCACCUGCCCGUCAUCGGAGUCUUCUCUCAUCCGGCUGACGACGAUUUGUACUUUGUCAAGCAGUAUAUGGGCGAUUAUUACUUUUGGGAAAUGGGUGACGAUUAUGCCAGGAAUUAUUUCGCGCAAACGGUCAAAGACACGACGACAUUUGAUUUCUUCGAGACGCCAAUCAAGGUGAAUGCCGACCAAUUUACUCAAUUUACACCCGUGAGAUCUCUGCCGGCUGCAUUUUAAAACCUUAAGUCAUCUCUCUACCUGAUUCGGUGGCGAAUGAAUUCGUUGUACAAAAAAAUGUCAAAUUCUGUGUUGUUAUUACCUGUUUGUACAAAAUUGUUUCUGUUUACUAUUAUACACUUGGUUUUCUUUUUUAUCAAA